GUGCUGCUGGGGCUGCGGUGAUUCAGGCCGGACUGGUUUGGGUGUGGGCGCGCGGUGCUGGAGAGGCUGUGGGAGGGAGCGCGUGUGGAGGAGAUCAGCGGGCUGCUGUACUUUCUUUAUUUACUGAGAUUACUCUUCCCUCUUAGUGUAAAACUGCAGGCAUUUGAAAAUGACGUACGAGUCUUCAGUCAUGGCAGUGAAAAUGUUCGAGUUUUCCAGUAAAGAAGAGCUAUUCAGCUUUAAUGCAAACAUCGACUGUCCGUAUUGCACAAAACCCGUCACAGCUUCCCAGCACCAUCUAUCCACACACCACCUGAGAUGUGCCAUCCAUUAUUCUGAAAAUGGUAAGUUCUCCAUACCCUGCUUCUGCCCGGAGGAGAGACGAGGGAAGAGGAGCCACUGGCACUGUACAAAGUGCACUAAAAUAAUCCAGAGAUCUUCAGAUUUCAGGCUGCAUCUGUCCAACCACGGUAUGGUGAUGACAGACAAGCCUCAGGAUGGAGAAGAAACCAGUAUGGAUAAUACAUAUGUCAGCGACACACCAGAAGAAAGGCCUCCCUGUCAGAAAUGUGACUCUCUAUUCGCGACUCCACCGAAUUUUCGGCAACAGUCGAAGCAACAGAAUGGCAAACAUGAACAGCCCAUGCUUUGCGUGGAUGCUAAGAAUGGGAUAUACGUGACCCCCAAAGACUCUGAAGGAACAAGCAUUCCCAUACACAUCUGUAAGUCUCUGGUUGCACAGAGCUUUCUUUGCGAGCUGGACUCUUGCAGGGAGUUCAUGAGCAUGGCUGCCCAGAGUGGAAAUCCUGGGAAAGAGUGUUUUCAUCUUGAGAGGACGAAGAACGCACGGUGCUACAGCCCGCCUCCGCCGCUCUGCAACGCCUCGCUGGAAGAGAUGGCUGAGAAAGGCAUCCUUUCAAAGUCGAGAAAAGAUGAAUGUAUGGCGUUGGUUUCAAGGGCGUUUAUGGAGGAAGUAGACUGUGUGUUUCCUGUUUUCUGGGAGGAAAACGGACCUGAGAGAUUUGUGUACUUUUCUGUGUUCGCUGAUCAGAACGAAGUCUGGUGUACGUUCGGAAGAACCUGCGUCACGUUAGACACAAAGUUUGGUAAAUGGCACUGCCAGUGCCCAGACGCAAACAACGCACAGUACAGUUGCAUCCAUCAACAUUUGUGCAUGUGGUGGGUCUUUCAGGAACGCCCCUGCUGGCGACAGAGCGCCACAGUUAACAGGAUGGUGGAAAUGGAAGGAAUCCCUGCAAAGAUCAUGAAGACCGACGACAUAUUAUAGCCUUCUGAAUUUACAGUGUUUUGGUCAGUGUUAUGUUCAUUAGUUUAGCUUUGAGGUGUUUUAAAUCUCCAUCAGCACUGCUGUCUGAUCCAACCAGAACAUUUGGUGUAAAACGUCAUUAGGUCACGUGUUUUCCAUUUAAUAUAGUAAAGAAGAUAUAAGCUUUCAUCCGUUUUUCUUAUUUUACAGUUUUUCAUUUUUGCCCCUCACAAUUUGAAAUUUAAGAUAAUAAAAUAAAUAAAAAUAAAAAUAUUCUUGAAUUUCUGAUUUUGCAUCUCAUACUUUUUUGCUGCAAGAUGCAAAAUGGAACAAAUCAGAAAAUCGAGUCUAUAAAAUUUAAUUGGGAAAAUUGUUCUACUAUGUUUUAUAUUCUAUUUAUA